GCUCACACUUCCUUUGUUUCUUGUCUGUUGUUUGCAGAGAUGGCUGUAUCAAAGCUGUGGGCCAGGCAGAUGUUAUUCGCAGUCAGUUUUCAGAAGCAACAUUUGAGAGAAUAAUUGACUGCUCCGGGAAGUGUGUGUUACCAGGCCUGGUAGAUGCACAUACACACCCAGUGUGGGCUGGUGAUAGGGUUCAUGAGUUUGCAAUGAAGCUGGCAGGUGCGUCCUAUAUGGAGAUCCACCAGGCUGGGGGAGGAAUACAUUUUACUGUGGAACACACUCGGAAGGCCACAGAAGAAGAGCUGUUCAAUACUUUCAAGCACCGACUCGAACGCAUGCGCAGAGCGGGAUCUACGUUGGUUGAGUGCAAGAGUGGAUAUGGCUUAAACUUAGAAACAGAGCUUAAAAUGCUGAGGGUGAUCGAACGCGCUAAGCAAUCCAUGGAUAUUGGUAUUUCUUCAACGUACUGCGGAGCUCAUUCGGUGCCGAAAGGGAAAACAGCUACUGAAGCCACAGAUGACAUUAUCAAUAACCACCUCCCUAAACUGAAAGAACUCAAACUAAGUGGUGAAAUAGAUGUUAACAAUAUAGAUGUGUUCUGUGAGAAGGGAGUCUUUGAUCUGGAUUCUACUAGGAGAAUUCUUCAAGCUGGAAAAGAUAUAGGGUUACAGAUUAACUUCCAUGGUGAUGAACUCCAUCCAAUGAAAUCUGCUGAGCUUGGAGCUGAACUAGGAGCCCAGGCUAUCAGCCACCUGGAAGAAGUUAGUGAUGAAGGUAUCACGGCGAUGGCCAGAGCUAAGUGCGCCGCUGUCCUUUUACCAACAACUGCCUACAUGCUAAGACUGAAGCAACCUCAAGCUAGAAAAAUGUUAGAAGAAGGAGUUAUAGUUGCUCUUGGCAGUGACUUUAAUCCUAACGCAUACUGUUUUUCAAUGCCUAUGGUGAUGCAUCUGGCCUGUGUAAACAUGAGGAUGUCAAUGAAUGAAGCACUAGCAGCUGCCACCAUUAAUGCAGCUUAUGCUCUGGGAAAAUCGGACACGCAUGGCUCCAUAGAGACUGGCAAGCAGGGGGACCUUGUUAUCAUAAAUUCAUCAAGGUGGGAGCACUUGAUUUACCAGUUUGGGGGACAUGAAGCAUUGAUCGACUAUGUUAUAGUUAAAGGAAAAGUCGUCUAUCAAAAUGAGAGGUGUGGGACCAUGAGCAGUUACUGA